GAGUUUUUCUCUUUUAAUCACGUAAAGGAAUUACAUGGAGAUUUCGCAUAAUUAAGGAAGCAAUAUAUUUUUUUUAUGUUUAAACGAGAAAAAAGCGAAUAUCAAUUUUCACAGAUUUAAAUCUGCCGCUCACGAAAUAAGGUCUGUUCUUUUCACUUGAACUUCUUGCACCGUUUAUCACCCCUCUCUUUUCUUCUUCUCGUUACGUUAAGAAAGAAGAAAGAUGAAUGCUGCAAGAAGUGAUUGGUUAUUGAGAAAUUGAAUAGCCAAUCGGAGAAAAUCUGCCGUACGACAUAUGUAAUGUCAAAUUGAUCAAAUAAUCAAAUUUGAAAGAGAUCUUUGUUUAACCGGUACGCUCCACUUUCAUCAUCAGUGAGAAUUACGUAGUAAAUAAGCAGAUUUUCAAACAGGAUGAAUACUUGAACGUUUGAGAUGAUUCGAUCGUUCGCGCCCAGUCAAAGGGGAAAACGGCCUUUACUCUCAGAUAUACCGCAGGAAAUUGAGGAACUGCACUUGAGUCAGAAAAUUGACACCAAAGAUUGUGAGCAGAAAUUAAAAAGGAGAACUACCAAGAAUGUCAAAGAUAUACAAAUACCGGAACAUAAAGCUGUUUCUCUUUCUGAUAAUGGCAUCUUCACGGUGCAAAAAAUAGUAUCUGAGCAUGAAGAGAGAGUGAGAAGACUUCUCAGUAAGCCAUUUCAAAUACCAAUACCUGGUUAUCAAUUGUCUGGACGAGUUCUUGGAUUACGUUUGCCAGGACCACGCAGGCCAUUACAUGAUCCUAACGAACCUAAUGCGUUAAUUGUCUAUUCGCCACCAGAAUUAUCAGAACAUGAAAGAUUGAAAGUAGAUCCGUCCAAGCAACUCGUACAUGUAGUUGUAGAUCCUAUAUUGUGCAAUGUGUUACGUCCUCAUCAACGUGAGGGAGUGAAAUUUAUGUAUGAAUGUGUAACAGGAAAACGUAUAGAAAACGCAUAUGGCUGUAUCAUGGCAGAUGAAAUGGGUCUAGGUAAAACCCUGCAAUGCAUAACUCUAUUGUGGACAUUGCUAAAGCAAGGACCAGAGGCUAAACCACUGAUAGAGAAAGCAAUUAUAGUCGCGCCCAGUUCUCUAGUGAAAAAUUGGUACAAUGAAAUUAAUAAAUGGUUAAAUAACAUGGUCAACAUUCUUGCUAUUGAUGGUGGAAAGAAAGCAGAUAUUGAUACGCAACUUAUCCGUUUUAUGAAAACUUAUGGUAGAUGCGUUACUCCUAUUCUCAUUAUAAGCUAUGAAACAUUUCGCUUACAUGCACACGUUCUGCAUCAAGACGAAGUGGGCCUCGUGUUGUGCGACGAGGGUCACCGCUUAAAGAAUUCUGAAAAUCAAACAUACCAAUCCUUAAUAAAUUUGAAAGCCAAGAAAAGAGUAUUACUCAGCGGAACGCCUAUACAAAAUGAUCUUUUGGAAUACUUUUCCCUUGUACACUUUGUUAAUCAAGGAUUAUUAGGAACUGCACAGGAAUUUCGAAAAAAAUACGAGAUACCCAUAUUACGUGGCCAGGACGCAGCUGCGACAGACUCGGAACGUGAACGCGCUCAGGAACGUUUGAAUGACUUAGUAUCCAUUGUUAAUAAAUGUCUCAUUAGACGUACUAGCGCUUUGCUCUCGAAAUAUUUACCACUGAAGCACGAACUCGUAGUAUGCAUUAAAAUGACUGAACUUCAAACGCGUCUCUACAAGAAUUUUAUACAGAGUGAUAGUAUUAAAAAAUCUAUGGAAGAAAGUGAUAAUCCAAGAAAAGGGGGUAGCCUAUCCGCUUUGGCUGCCAUAACUCUCUUAAAAAAGCUAUGUAAUCAUCCCGACUUGAUAUAUGAUAAAAUUAUGGAAAAGGCAGAGGGAUUUGAAAAAGCUGCGUUGUUAUUACCGCCAAAGUAUUCGACAAGAGAACUGGUACCAGAAAUGUCAGGAAAAUUGAUGGUUCUUGAUUGCCUACUGGCGUCUAUUAAAACUACAACAAACGACAAAAUAGUUUUAGUAUCUAAUUACACACAGACUCUCGAUUUGUUCGAGAAGCUUUGUCACAAACGUUCCUACAAUUAUGUGAGACUCGACGGCACGAUGACAAUUAAAAAAAGAGCCAAAGUGGUUGACAAUUUUAAUAGUGAGAACAGCAACGAUUUCAUCUUCAUGCUUAGCUCAAAAGCUGGUGGAUGCGGUUUGAAUCUCAUCGGUGCGAAUCGUCUCGUCAUGUUUGAUCCAGAUUGGAAUCCUGCAAAUGAUGACCAAGCGAUGGCCAGAGUAUGGAGAGAUGGUCAAAAGAAACCAUGUUUUGUCUAUCGUUUUCUUUCUACUGGAACGAUAGAAGAGAAAAUAUUUCAGAGACAAGCCCAUAAGAAAGCGUUGAGUUCCACGGUGGUCGAUCAAGAAGACGAUGUGGCGAGACAUUUCACCAUAAAUGAUUUGCGCGAUUUAUUUAAAUUGGAGGAGAAUACAGUUUCUGAUACGCAUGCAAAGUUUAAGUGCAAACGUUGCAUUAAUGGUAUCGAGGUGAAGGGUCCAUCGGAGCAGUCCGAUUGCAAUUCUGAUUUGUCUGACUGGCGACACUCACAUAAUUCACGGCAUUUACCAGAUAUACCAUUACGACAGUGUUGGGAUAGCGGUAUUUCGUUUGUUUUCCAUCAUCGUUCGCAUGAACAAGUAAAAUGACUCUUACCUGGUGACGAUCUUAGCAUUUUGUUUUGGAAUUUUACAUCUUUAAGAAUUAAGUAUCGACCCAUUCAUUUAAAAAAUAUUAAAACUGCAAAAACUACUUUAUUAGAAAAAAAUCUAUUUGCUCAAUUGUUUUUUUUUUUAAAUAAGAAUAUGAGACAGUCUAGAAUUUUACUUAAAUGCACAUGAAUAUGAAAUUCUUUUCUUUUUUGAAACACAUUUUUUGAAUUUCUAAUUCAGUUGACUUUAUGUAAAAAGAUAAAAUCAUAAUUAGCAAAAACGCAGUUGUAAUUUAUGUCAAUAUAAAUGUGCCUUACAUUUUGUGUAAAUAAGUUAUUUUGUAUUUAUAUAAGAUAAAUUUUUACUAUAAAAAUGAAAUUUCUAAUACCUUUUCCUGGACAUAAAUAUAAACCUUUAUAAACAGUAAAAUAUUUAGGAUGUUACAAUCAAUACAAACUCAUCCAUUUAUUGUAUAUACGCGGAUUAAAAUUUAUUUUUGUUAUAUAUAUAUCUUGGUCAAAAUAUACAGUACAGUAAUGCUUGAAAUGUAAAAUUAUUUACAAUAAUUUAAAACAGGUUUUAUUGGGGAUUUAUAUUGGAAGUUGAGGGAAGACAUUUUUGAUUAUUUUAUAACGUAAUUCGUUCUUUGAAAGUGAAAAAAACUGUUGAAACAAUGUGUUAAUAGACUCUUAUUGCCAUUAAAAGUUUCAGGUAGGAUGAAAUAAAAUAAUACGGUUGAAUUUAUAAUAAUUAUAUAAUUUAUUAUAUAUAGCCAGAAACUUAAUUCGCAUUUCAACAUUUUUCCUACAAAAGCAGUCGAUUAUACAAUUAUAUCUUUCUUUCCCAAACGACACGCAUGUUUAAAAUUAUUAAACGUCUUAAAAUUGUCAUUUAAACAUUACAUAAGAUGUCUGAAAAUACUUUUACGACAUCUUACGUCCCGAUUUUGAUCAUUGUUUUUUUAGGUUAUCAAUUUUACAUUUUGUGCGCGCGCAUAUGGUUAUCUAGUCGAGCUUUAUCGAACGAAAAACGGGCUUUUCAUUGGCAGAAUGCAUUUAUUGAUUUUUUUCAAAAACCAAAGUUUAUUUAAUGAUUAGGUAAAUAACAUAAUCGCGCAACGUAAUCGAGCAUAAAUGUCGAAAAAUGAU